AAAAAAACAAAAUAAUGCUUUCCUUUUCCACCCACCGUCCCUUCCCAUGAAAAACUUAUGAAUGUGAGAAUAGCUGUAAACACAGGGAUACUAUUGCAAAAUCCGAUAAAAUUGUUUGUAGCCGCUCCCGUGUACACUCCCGCUCAGUUUCCUUUUUCGAAAUAGAAUUUCGAAAACUCCAUUCCAUUCCAGUUCCAGCCCUACUCUCUUUGUCCAGAUUCAAACCUAGCAAAUGAUCGCAAUGCCCCUAAAAAUCCCAUGAAAAAAAAAGAGAAAAGAAAAAGAAAUGGCUCUCCAAACUAUCAGUCGAGAUCCGCUCGAGGCUAUUCGGGUCUCCCGCUCUUUGCUCGAACCUUCGCUUCCCUUCCAAACCUUCCUCGACCUUACGACCCGGACGAUCUUCAACAUUCCCAUGAUUUCCUCAAAUCCAUGCCAUUGCAAAGCCCUAAUAAGCUUCUUGAGCAAGCCAAAGCAAUUGUAGAUAAUAGUUCAGAACUCGUGAACUUGAUAUGUUAAUCUCUGAUGCUGAAGUUAUGGAAAAUCCUCGAGAACGAAGAGCGGCUCUAGGCCGUAAACGAGCUUGUUUUUCUUUGAAGCCUAACUCAAGUCAGCCUACUGUGAGUUUAGAACCGACUUUAGACAUCGAUAAAUUGAAAGAUCCGGAAGAAUUCUUUAUGGCUUUUGAAUGGGUUGAAAAUGCCAAAAGAGAAAUACAGAAACAGACAGGUGGUGUUUUGAUGGAUUUGGAUCGGAAUGUUCAGUCCGUGGCUGCACGGCCUCGUUGGCCUGGAAUAUUGAGAUCAGUUAAGUACAAUCAUUGCUAUUUGACUGCUAUGUACCCAGUGGAAAGCUUUGAAGAGGAAAUUCUCAGUCCACUUUGCGGUUUGCAACAAGAAAAAUCUGACCUGAAUGUCGAAUUACAAGAGAAGGAGUUGGCUGACUCAGUGACCAAUGCAGAGAACAAGAUUAAAGAACUUCUGGAUCAUUUGCUUACCAGUAAUUAUAAUGGGGAUGAGGCAGUCGGUCUUUUACAGGAGCACUUGCAGAUCAAACCUAUUGAGCUGGAGAAAAUAUGCCUUUUUGACUUGCAAGAUAUUAGGUGGAUUAAUUUGAAAGCUUCUAGAGAAAACUUGACAAAGCCUAGAAAUUCAAUAUCAGAUUUGAUGAAGGGGAUUGAUAAAAGGACACCAAAACAACAGGCUGGAAGUUCAGUUCAUCAUUUAGCUUCUCCCACUCCAAGAAGUCCAUUGGGUUCAAUAUCAUUGCUGAAGAAUCAAAUGUUGCCGUCCGAUGUACUAAAUGAUCCAUUUUCAACUGAUGGUAUUGAUCGAUCAUCAGUGAGAAAUGCGUCUUGUAUGGAAAAUAUUACUAAACAAUCUGAUAUGGUUGAUACAGAAAAGGAACUAAGUGUGCCUCACAACAAUGAUAAAAGAUCACCACAGCAACAUGCAGAAAGUUCAGCUCAUCAUUUAGCUUCUCCUACUCCAAGAAAUCCAUUGGCUUCAAUGUCAUUGCAGAAGAAACAUAUCUUGCAGUCAGAUCCACUAAGUGAUCCUAUUUCAACCAAUAAUAUUGACAAAUCACCAGGGAGAAAUGCAUAUCCCAUUGAAAGUAUCAACAAACAAUCUAGUCAGGUUGAUACAGAAAAGGAAUUAAAUAUGUCUCACCUCUUAAGGUCUCCAAUACUAGAAGCAAAUCGAACUGCAACUGCUAAUGCAAGUUCUGAGCUCAAUGGGCAAGAUUUUGCUUGUCUCUUUGGCAAAUUUGUAAAUGAUAAUGCAAGUAGGUUUAAUUCUGGUAUUAAUGUUGUCUCAACUGGAUCUCAGGACGACUCAGAGAAUAACAGUUUAAGCAGGCUUGAAGUUGCUGCAGAUGGUCAUAUGAUAAAACCAAAUGAAUUUGGUGGAAGGGUGGAAGACAUACUGCCAGAAGCAGUGGUUUCUGCUCAGACCCAACUUAACAUGGAAUGGCCAACCAUUGAUAAUUCACAUACCAUUCAGAAAGAGUCAGAUGAAUCUAAUCCUGCAAUGGAUGAGGACCACACAAUGGAUGGAUCUUCGAGAGCUGCAGAAAAUUAUCAGGAGCUGCAUGAGCAACAGAAUAUGAUGGGCAAAACAAAACCUUGUCCACACCAUGAACGUAAGAGGAAAGCAAUUUCUCGAAGACAAAGUCUUGCAGAUUCUGGUACUGCAUUUGAUGGAGAAGGGAGGAGGCAAAGUACAAGGAUUAGGUCAAGACCUUUGAAAUUCUGGAAAGGUGAAAGAUUCUUAUAUGAUCGCAUACAUUCAAGUUUGUCAACUGUAAUUGGGAUAAAGUACGAGUCUCCAGGGAAGGCUGAUGGUAAGAACCCUACUCUGAAAGUGAAGUCUUUUGUAAGUGAUGUGUACAAAGAUCUGGUUGAAUUGGCUGCCAGGUUUUGAGAUGGCGGUGAUUGGUGCUUAUGGACCGAGCCAGCGCAAAUCAGGUCAUCCUUUUAUAACCUGACCAUUAAUUCACCGGUUCUCUUUUUUCAAUUUAUGGUUGUUCUGCAUUGGUUGUUAAGUAGUAGGCAUUUCUGUUAUGAAUAAUCUUAUUCCCUGUGAAUUUUUGUGAUGACCAUUAAAAACUCUAAUUUUGACAUGUAUUGGACUUAUGACUAUAUUUCGUACUCUUUAGACAGUUCCAGAAACAGGUGAAUCUAAAUGGAACAAUGUAAUGUAAGUUCAUGACUUCAUUAGUUAAU